GUGCUCGGGGUGGGCGGCGACGGCGGCCUCGCGAAGGUUCCAGAGGCACCGCGUGAGGGAGGCGGGCCGUCUUCUCGCUCGGGUCGGGUGUGCGUCCGGGCUGCGGGCACUGCGACUGGUGCCGGUGGGGUCUGCGGCAGGGGGGGGCGCGCUCAGUGCGGCGUUUCCUGUUCCCUUCUCCGCGCGGCUGCAGCUCCGGCCUUCGCCCUGACCCAGCCCGGCCAUGGCUUCAGUUUUGGAAGAGCUACAGAAAGAUCUGGAAGAGGUAAAGAUGUUGCUGGAAAAGGCCACUAGGAAAAGAGCACGUGAUGCCCUUACAGCUGAAAAAUCCAAGAUUGAGACAGAAAUCAAGAACAAGAUGCAACAGAAAUCUCAGAGGAAAGCAGAACUUCUUGACAGUGAAAAGCCAGCUGCUGUGGUUGCUCCCAUUACAACAGGAUAUACAGUGAAAAUCAGUAAUUAUGGAUGGGAUCAGUCAGAUAAGUUUGUGAAAAUCUACAUUACCUUAACUGGAAUUCAUCAAGUUCCCACUGAGAAUGUGCAGGUACAUUUCACAGAGAGGUCAUUUGAUCUUUUGGUUAAGAAUCUAAAUGGGAAGAGUUACUCUAUGAUUGUGAACAAUCUUUUGAAACCCAUCUCCGUGGAAGGCAGUUCAAAAAAAGUCAAGACUGAUACAAUUAUUAUCUUAUGUAGAAAAAAAGCAGAAAACACACGGUGGGACUACCUGACUCAGGUUGAAAAAGAGUGUAAAGAGAAAGAAAAGCCCUCCUACGACACUGAAACAGAUCCUAGUGAGGGAUUGAUGAAUGUUCUAAAGAAAAUUUAUGAAGAUGGAGAUGAUGAUAUGAAGCGAACCAUUAACAAAGCCUGGGUGGAAUCAAGAGAGAAGCAAGCCAAAGGAGACACAGAAUUUUGAGAUUUUAAAGUCAUUUUGGGAACUGUGAUGUGGAAAUACUGAUGUUUCCAAUAAGGGAGUGUUGGUGAGCUCCACCUAUAAAUUUGACAGAUAACUACUUACAUGCCUUCUUCUAAGUAAAGGCAGUGAAUUUGCCAUUUCCUACUGGAGGAUUUAUUUAAAUAAAAUAUGCUUAUUAAAUACUUCCUCCAAAGAUGAUUUCAUUAGUACCCUGCUCAUUUUGUUCAAGAAAGGGUUAUAUUGCAUUCUGAUGUGAAAUGUAAAAAGCAAGUCUUACCUAAUGUAAACGCUAUGUUGUGUAUAAUUCGUUCAGCUAAGAGAAAACAAAUAUUUGUUUGCCUUUAAGUUACUGACCCCAGCUCCCACCGAUGUAAGAAUAAGAGUGAAACUUGAAUUUUUGCAUAAAAUGCAAAUUUGUACCUGUGCUUGAAGGUUGCUAGUGGAGUGGUUGAUCCCUUAUUGCCAGCUUAAGCAGUGCAUAUACCAUGCAUUACCAUGCACUAAUAAUCCAAUCAUAAGUGUUUCUACCUAGAUUUAAAUAUAUUUGUUUAUGAAUGUGGAAUUGAAACUAAAUCUAAACUUAAAAGAAUAGACAAGCAUCUUUGUAUAGUACCAUGUAGUAAGUUUUGCCAUGGAUCAGAUGGUUUACAAAAGUAAUAACCAUAAAGCAAAAAUAGUUAAUUUGAAAACCCAUCUAUUCUUGGGUUCAAUAAAGUUAAUUUUUUAUUCAGUAGAAUAGUUUUACUAUGUUUGUCUAGAAGUAUAUCAGAGAAGUCAAGCUUUUAGAGGGAAUUGUUUGUUUUAGGGAGAAUUAUUUAUUUUCCCUAAAAUCAGGAGCCAGAGAAAGGUGCCUGUGGUCUCCAUUACUACAUUGUACUGGAGGUAUUAGCCAAUGCGGUUAGAUAAGAGAAAGCAGACACAUAGAGGAAAAACCCAAAAGAAUCAACCAAAACUACUGCAGCUUAUAUGAGAAUUUGGUAAAAGUGGUAGGAUUUAAAAUUAACAUAUAGAAAUAGCCUAUAAAUAGGAUAGCUGUUAGCAAAUAUUGAAACAUUUUAAUGCGUCUAUAAUUGUGUUGGCACAUGAAUAAACAGGCCAAAUGGUACAGAACGGAAAAACAUAUGUAUGUAAGUUUUAGAAUACAGUAAAAGUGGCAUUUCAAAACAGUGGAGGCAAGAUGGGUUUUUAAGGAUAUUCAGUUAAGUAAGAAAAGCCAUAUGGGUACACUCCAAACAGAUCAAAGGUAGAAAUGUAAAAA